AUAGCAGUAACAUGUCCGCCAUAGCAGUAACAUGUCCGCCAUAGCAGUAACAUGUCCGCCAUAGCAGUAACACGUGUCCACCAUAGCAGUAACACGUGUCCACCAUAGCAAAUGCUAGCCUGUCAUCCAAAGCAUUUUGACCAAAAUCCACAGGGGGUGCCGGGUUAUGACCUUUAGGAGUUCAAUGAAGGCUCAUGCAUUGCAUGUGUGAUUCCAAAGCCGUUUGACCAAACAUUUUGGAAUUAUUUGAAUUUCGUGUUGUGGGGCGAAUCAUUAAAGGCUCCACCCACAUCCUGUAGCGUGGUGUCAAAUAUAUAUCUCAGAAUUCACCAUACCCAUCUGUCUAGUGUCCCAUGUUCCGGUUUGGGUUCCUUUAGCUCCAUUUAUUAGCUCGGCGGGACUUAGCAACCGAUAGUCCAUCUGGCAUCAUUGUCCAACGAUGAUACAACUUUGAGGAUGUCAGUACGAUACUGUAUGUAUGCUAGCACGCCUUCCAACGCAUUUUGACCAAAACCCAACCUACCCCUUUUUCUUCUUAGAUUACAACUUUGUUCUUUUAACAUUAAUGGCUUUAUUCUUGUAAGAUGACUGCUGAUUUUUCCAUUUCCAUUCUAGUUUUCUUGUUGAAUGAUAUUUUUAGAAUUUGUGCCACGGGCCAACAAAAAAAUAGCCGCGGGCCGUAAAUGGCCCCCGGGCCGUACUUUGGCCACCCCAGAGUUAACGUAUGACCCUUGAAGUUUGUCCCACUUAUUACUUAAACAACUAAUAGUCCAUAAAUCUUUCACCAUUUGCCUAAUGAUGAUAAAAAAAGUGAGGCUAUGUGUAUUCCAUGUAUGCUAGUACUGUACGUCUUAUGACACAUCGAGAUUACGACACCGUGGCGUGUUUAUUUCCAUACGAAACUAAAACGCAACAUUUCGCUACCAUCCACUUUAAAAGACAAGCGCGCUGAGCAACAAAUGUAAACAAAACCUCCUUGCCUGAGGUAAUAACCUCCCGUUCUGAACCCUGAGACCAACUUCCUUGCUUAAACAGCCGGAAGCUGACAGUACGAGCCAACGCUUGUCUCCUGUGAUGUUUGAGUACGGUUGCCGCAGAUGUGUGGGUGUCUUGUUCUUUGUCUCUCUUUUUUUUCCCUCUCCCCUCCACAUUUUAAUUUUCAAUAUUUUUCCGCUUACUUUGGCUUGAAGGACAUUAUGUAAUUCUUGUGAAGCGCUUCCCAUCUGCAAAAGUGCUGUUGGAGAGGUAGACUUUGCACAACUGUCGCUUUAGAGGUGACCCGUGAAAGAGUCCGAGAUGGAGGAAUGAAAAGAGAUGACGGUGGUGCUGUCAGGAGCUGGUUGGUCAGGUAGUCCGCCUGGUUCCAAACUCCAGCCUCAGGUUCACCAUCCACCACUGAUCCUUCGGGCUGUUCACCAGGUUCUCCCUGAAGAAGGCAGCACCAGAAGGAUCAUCUUGUAGAAGACUAAGGUAGCCGUGUGAGGCCACCAUCCACUUCUGAAUCCGGUCAAGAGCGCUGAUGACCUUUUCUUUCCUUCUCCUCCCCUUUCUGGAGACACCCUCCCUCAGUCCCGCCUCUGUGUCUUUGACCCCUCUCGCCUUCCUUAUUGCUGAAAGCCGCUAAAGAGAGCACAGUAGCUGGCAGAGGAUGAAGCCGGUCUUCGUGCCAGCACCAGACAGAGGACAGACCAUACUAAAGGACUGGUGAAGUGGACAGAGACGCCGCUUUAAGGGGAAGACCAGAACAUUUGAAGAUGCCACGGCGAGGAAAGCACUUGCGUUUGACUUGAGUGUCAUGAGCUAGGACAGCGUGGGGGGGGAAUCUUUUCGGACAGCCUCAUCUGGCCUUGGUGGAGGCUCCUUGCGAUGCCUCAGUGAAAAGCGUGAGCCAUGCCGGCCAAGGGGAAAUACUUGCUGAAUGACCAGGAGCUUAAAAAUGAGGCCUUGUACCGCAAGUUCUCCUGCAUCAGCCAAUACCAGCCGCUGGUGCUGCUGCUGGGCCUCUCCAUGCUGUCCUGUGGAGUUCUCCUCAUUCUCUUCUUCGCACUACGGCUGAGUGCGGAAGAGCACUGUGCGUUUGUGAGCGUGGUGAGCGGCAGCUUGUGCGUGUUCCUGGCCGUCUUUGUGCUGGUGUGCACCGAGAUGCUCUCCCAGCGAUGGAGACGUCUGCUGGGCCUGCUCGUGUGGGCCACGCACCUCACCAUGGGCUACACCUUCAUCUUUAGCGGGCCCAUCGUCCUUCCGUGGGACCAGGUGCCUUUCUUCCUCUUCAUCAUCUUCACGGUGUACACCAUGCUGCCCUUCCCAUGGUGGUACGCUGUGGCGUUGAGCGUCAUCUCCUCGCUGUCCCACAUCGUGGUCCUCACGCUGCGCCUCACCGUUUACAGCAGCGCACCUACUCCUUACCUUGUCAACCAGCUGCUGUCCAACGCGGUGGUCUUUCUGUGCGGGAGUGUAGUGGGAGCCUUCCAUAAGGUCCUCAUGGAGAAGACGCUCAGACAGACCUUCCAGGACACGCUAAGAUGUCUGAGCAUGCGCAUGAAGCUGGAAAUAGAGAAGAGGCAACAGGAGAACUUGCUGCAGUCUGUGCUGCCCGUCUACAUCUCCAUGAAGAUGAAGCUGACCAUCAUGGAGCGCCUGCAGGACUGCAAGGACAAAGAGGAGCAACAACGCCUGGUCAAAGACAACAACUUCCACAGCCUCUAUGUCAAGAGGCAUGAAAAUGUCAGUAUUCUUUAUGCAGACAUCGUUGGCUUCACUCGACUGGCCAGUGACUGUUCUCCCAAGGAGUUGGUGAUUAUGCUCAACGAAUUGUUUGGAAGGUUUGACCAGAUCGCAAAGGAAAACGAGUGCAUGAGGAUCAAGAUCCUGGGCGACUGCUAUUACUGCGUAUCGGGUCUGCCAGUGUCUCUGCCCAAACACGCCAAGAACUGCGUCAAAAUGGGCCUGGACAUGUGCGAAGCCAUCAAGCAGGUCCGGGAGGCCACAGGCGUGGACAUCAACAUGCGAGUCGGCGUGCACUCGGGCAACGUGCUGUGCGGCGUGAUCGGGCUGCGGAAGUGGCAGUUUGAUGUGUGGUCACACGACGUCACUCUGGCCAAUCACAUGGAGUCGGGAGGCUGUCCGGGACGUGUCCACAUCACGGAGGCCACUCUCAAGCACUUGAACAAGGCCUACGAAGUGGAGGAGGGCAACGGGCAUCUGAGGGAUGCCUACCUGAAGGAGAUGAACGUCAGAACGUACCUCGUUAUUGACCCCCGGUCGAAGGAUCCGACGCAGAGUGGCCGCAGCGCUCCUAAGCCUCGAGUGAACGACGGUCUGAAGAUGCGGGCGUCCGUGCGUAUGACCCGAUACCUGGAGUCCUGGGGGGCCGUCAAACCCUUCGCCCACCUCCAGAGCAGGGAGGGCUUCAGCUCAGACCCGCUGGUCAAUGGCAAGUCACUCUGCAAGGACAUCCCAUUGCGGACAGCACCCAGCUCCAAGAUCCCUGAGAGCUUUGAUGAGUCUGUAGAAGAGAGGUUCACCUUGCCUGCUCCUUCGUUCAGCAGCUAUAAGAACAAAUCCCAGAAGAGUCGCUUUGAUGAGGAGCUGCACAAUGAGAUGACGACGACCAUAGACGAGCUCAGCAGCAAGCAAUGGUAUAAAUCAGAGGAGAGUGGGAGCCUAGCCAUAUGGUUUCCAAAGAAAGACCUGGAAAAACAGUACCGCGCGUUGGAUUUGCCCAUGUUUAAGCACUAUGUCGGCUGUGCCACCUUCAUCUUCCUCUGCAUCUUUCUCAUCCAGAUGUUUGUCACGAGGGACCGACAGAUAUUAGGAAUAACGUUUGGAGCGCUGGCGUGUGUCCUGCUGUUGACCCUGGCCAUCUGCUUCGCUGGUCACAUGCAGCGUCUUUUUCCAGAGAAGCUGUCAAGUUGUCAGUGGCUGGCUGGCGUCUCGGAGGCAGUGGUGAAGAAGCCUUGUGUGCGCCUCCCGCUGGCCACCGUCACCACUGCGGUCAUUAUAAUCUUGGCAGUCUUCAACCUGUGCUUCGUUCAGGCACGUUUUCCGGAAUGUUCCAGCGAUGUUCCGGACCCGGGUCACGCAAAUGGUUCCCAUGAAGUGGGCGUACAGGGAGGACUCUUCUAUCUGCCCUACUCGGUGUACUGCUGCAUCUUAUCCCUGGUGGCUUGCGGGGUUUUCCUGCGGGUCAGCUUGGAGCUCAAAGUGCUCUUCCUCACCCUGGCCUCCACGGCGUACUACGUCAUCAUCCUCAGCACCAACAGGGCGCUCUUUGAGGCCUACGCCGGCGUCCUCUACACUCAGAUUCCCGGGGCCGGGAACUGCAGCAGCAUGGAAGAUGAGUCCAUCCUGAGGCUGGUCGGCCUGGUGAAGCACCCUCAGGUGAUGAGCUGCAUCUACAUCACCUUGUUCCUGGUCACCGUGCUCAUCAUCUCACAGCAGAACGAGUCGUGCUUCCGCCAGGACUUCCUGCUCAAGUACAAGAACCACACGGAGCAGGACGAGAUCGAGACCCGCGAGAACCUCAACCGCCUUCUGCUGGAAAACGUGCUGCCGGCUCACGUGGCCUCGCUCUUUGUCGGGGAGAACAAAAAGAACGAAGACCUCUACUACAAGUCGUACGACUGCGUGUGCGUGAUGUUCGCCUCGGUGCCGGAUUUCAAGGAGUUCUACACCGAGUGCGAUAUCAACAAGGAGGGUCUGGAAUGUCUGAGGCUCCUCAACGAAAUCAUCGCCGACUUUGACGAGCUGCUGUCCAAGCCCAAGUUCAGCGGCGUGGAGAAGAUCAAGACAAUUGGCAGCACGUACAUGGCGGCGGCCGGGCUCAGCGGGACGCCCGGGCAGGAGAACAAUCAGGACAGGGAGCGCCAGCAGGCCCAGAUCGGGAUCAUGGUGGAGUUCGCCAUCGCUCUGAUGGGCAAGUUGGACGGCAUCAACCGACAUUCCUUCAACAGCUUCAGGCUGCGCGUGGGUAUUAAUCACGGCCCCGUGAUAGCCGGCGUGAUCGGUGCCAGGAAGCCUCAGUACGACAUCUGGGGCAACACCGUCAACGUGGCCAGCAGGAUGGAGAGCACAGGGGAGCUGGGAAAGAUCCAAGUGACGGAGGAAACGUCCGACGUGCUGCACAAGCUGGGCUACUCGUGCGAAUGUCGCGGCUUCAUCAACGUGAAGGGAAAAGGCGAGCUGAAGACCUUCUUCGUGUGCACGGACAUGAGCAAGCAGCAAGGCAUGGGCCUCAGCUGAGACACGACAAGUCAAAGGAACUUGGACAAGGACAAGGAUGCUGUUUACGCCCCAAAGCGGUGCUGGGAGUCCAACGUGGCUGCAGUACAGCUGCACACCUGUGGGGGCGCUGUUGUGGAGGAACUUGUGUACUUUGGCUUACACUUAGAUGAGCAUGAGGAAAACGUAUAUCAUUUUGUAGACAUUUAGUUUGGCCAGUCGGACACCCUGCUUUGUUACUGUGUAAUGAGCAAAAGCAACAAGUGGUUCUUGGACUUCAACUACCGUCUAACAUCGCGAUGACUCCAUGUGCUACCCAGUUUCAUGUUUGCAGCAAGCCUACUUGUGGUCCAUGUUGGCUUUUGGUCCUGGUUCUAAGCCCAGGAAAGCUGAGUCCUGGAUCCUCAUGCCUCUUCAUCGGCCUUACUUGACCACCGGUGUGCUGCUUCCACUUCUUCUUAACACAUGACGCAUAUUUGGGCCUUUUUGUGUGUGAACUUUGUAAAGUCGCGGAAUGUAAUAAUAAAUUAUUCACAACGGUGAUUUCAUUAAAAAAAAAAAAAAAAAGUUUAUUGAAUGAAAUGUCACACCAAAAUAAAAAUGACAUUUUGUACAACGUUUUACCAUCCGUAGGGUCCCCUAUUACGCAAAAGGGACUUUUAAAAUGUGUCCCUUGAAUGCUCCACUUUUGAGAGUUUUCAUGACGUCAUGAAGGAAACACCUCCUUCCUCAAACAGGCUUCGCUACAGGUCUUAAGAGCUCUGCUAUCCGUCAGUCAGCUUC